GUAGAGGGAGGUCUAUAUAAUUGAUGAAUAUUUCCCACGGCAAUAAUCCUGUUCAUCUCACCUUUUGUCUCUCAUCACCAUCAAAAUGCAGUUGCUACUUUCCCUCGUCGCCGCCGUGUUGGCACCUAUCAGCCUUGCCGCUCCAGCCGGAGAUAUCUCCCUCCGUAAUGAACCGAUCUUCAAGAGGGAGAACCUAUGCAACUUGAGCGCGCCACCAGCGCUUUGCCAACCCAACCCAAACAUCACCGUUGAGGAGACGGCGCAGAGAGCUUACCAGUUCUAUCGCGCGUUCGUAGUCGAUGGCGACCCAAGGAAGAUGUUCUCUUUGAUAGACUCGUCGUAUAUACAACAUCACCCAGGCUACGCGAGCGGUCCCAAUGUGAUCUGGCCUCUGUUCUGCGGUGGGAACAAGAUAGGCACUGAGCAGAACACGGCCUGGUGUUUCGAUGCCAGCACGAACAUGUCUUAUGCGCGAUACUCAACCACGGAUAGAUGGCGCUGGGUUGGAGGCUGCGUACAUGAACACUGGGAUGUGGGUGAAUCCAUUCCAACUGGCAAGUGUUACAAACUGAACUCGACAACGACCACAUCCUAGAAGAACUCGUGAUCUUCAUGGUGGGUAUAAACCGAAUAUGUGGGUGUCUGUUCAUAGCUGUCGUUUAAGGUAUAAUUGAAUGAAUUAUGUACGAGUCGGUCAACAAUAGUGCUUCCAUAUUGUUCGAAACUCAGACCAUCAAUCAUAUUGAGUAUGAGAAAUUGCUCUGUUUUGUCUCACUGAAUUAGUUGUUAAGAAAUGACUUAAACCUUGCGCAUCAAUGCUAGCUGUUUCUUAAAAUCGAGUUCUAAUAGUACUAUAUCCUUCCAAAUUGUCAGCAUUUGCUAUUCACCUAGACAAGUAACCCUAUACUUCGAGAGUGCAAGAACAAAAAAGAUCGAUUGUCGAGGCGGCGAUAAAACAUCGAACACGAGCAUUCUUUG